GAUACGAUCCACGCACCCAUGCAUCGCCGGUGAAUUCCACGAGGAAUCAGAUGAUGGGCAGGCCACGGCGUCGUCGAUGAUUCCCCGGAAGUGAUGACCCGGGAGUAGCACGAUGCUGCACGAGUGCGUGCGGAGGAAUUUCCCGGGCGCGCGGCCGGGGAUCUGCGAGGCUCACGGAUGGAACUUUCGGCGUCACCACCAGAUCCCUGCAAGUUGGCGCUUCAACUUUGGCAGACGCCGCCGUCGCGUCGCGCCUCGCGAGCCGGCGAGCGCGGGCGUUGACAAGUAGCCGGCCUGGGUGGGGAGGAUCGCGCGCAGCGGCGUCACGGCCUCAUGCAGCCAACGCCGCGUCGACACGCGAGCAGAGCCCCGCGCCUCGCCGCGCGGUGGUGGUGGGCCGCGGCCGCCGGCGUACGUCACGCCGCACCGGAGCCGGCAGCCCGGGGGGUCGUCCCGCUCCGCGUCGCCCUCCACUCCCGACGCCUCCCUAUUGGCCGCCACGCCGGCAUGCUCAUCCACAUCCCGUCCGGAUCUGUCGAAUGCUUGCAGCGGCCAAGUGUGAUUGGGCGCCGCGUUUGCAGUUGGGCCAUGAUUCCUCGUGUAAAAAAACAGAGCAUGGAUGACGGCCGGUUCUGGUUUGCUGCAUCCGCUCCAAGGACUGAGGAAGAUUCAGCAAUGUUUUGUUGCAGCAUCGACUGAACCGUAGAAUGCCAGUCAGAGUUACUGUCAGAUCGAGCAGAUCAGACUUCUUCCGAGGCAGGUCGCUGGAUUUGCUAGCUGUAACAACGGUUAGCUAGAAAAACACACCGGAUGACAUACAAUGGCACACGACCAAUGGCCUUCACUGUUCCUGUCUUCCUGAACAGUGCCAGCACUGCCAGGCCCCGGCCAGUGUGGGUGUGGCAAUGGCAUCACUGCGCCUUUCGCCUUUGCAGCAGCAGCGGAGCACCCAUGCACCCGGAUCCCGCCGGCCGGCGCGACGUCAGCGCCGGCCCCCACCUUCAACCAACCAGCUGCCGCCGAGCGCCUAUAAAUAGCCGCCGGAGCGCCUGCCCACUCCCUCCUCAGGCGCCGAGCGAUCGAGCGAGCGAGCACACCCCUCUCCGGCCGCCGGCGGAGCUUGCCGCUAAAACCAUUGCCAGCCCAUCAGCCCAGUACACACGACUACACGAGCCGUGCACGUGCUCCGACGACUCCGGCAUCAAUGGCGCCCGUUAUUGGAGGCGGCGGCGAGUCGUCGCUGAUGCAGCGGUGCAAGCCGUACGUGGCGAUGGUGUCGCUGCAGUUCGGGUACGCCGGCAUGAACGUCAUCACCAAGGUGUCGCUCAACCGCGGCAUGAGCCACUAUGUGCUCGUCGUCUACCGCCACGCCUUCGCCACGCUCUCCAUCGCGCCCUUCGCGCUCGCGCUCGAGCGCAAGGUUCGCCCUAGGAUGACGCCAUGGGUCUUCCUCCAGAUCUUCGUCCUCGCGCUGCUCGGGCCGGUGAUCGACCAGAACUUCUACUACGCGGGGCUCAAGUUCACCUCGCCCACCUUCUCCUGCGCCAUGAGCAACAUGCUCCCCGCCAUGACCUUCAUCAUGGCCGUGCUCUUCAGGAUGGAAAAGGUGAACCUAAAGAAGGCGAGGUGCGUGGCCAAGGUGGUGGGCACGCUUGUGACGGUGGCCGGCGCCAUGCUCAUGACGCUCUACAAGGGCCGCGUCGUCGAGAUGGUCUGGACCAAGCACGUGCACCUCCACGGCCCGCACCCGGCCGGCGCCGCCGCGGCCGCCGCCGCCGACAAGGACUGGCUCACGGGCUCCAUCUUCCUCAUCAUCGCCACCCUCGCAUGGGCCUCCCUCUUCGUCCUCCAGGCCGCGACGCUCAAGAGGUACGACGCGCCGCUGUCGCUGACCACCCUCAUCUGCUUCGUGGGCACCCUGCAGGCCAUCGUCGUCACCUUCGUCAUGGAGCGCAGCACCUCCGUUUGGAGGAUCGGCUUCGACAUGAACCUCCUCGCCGCCGCCUACGCUGGCAUAGUGACGUCUAGCAUUGCCUACUACGUGCAAGGGCUGGUGAUCAAGAGCCGGGGCCCGGUCUUCGCCUCGGCCUUCAGCCCCCUCAUGAUGAUCAUCGUCGCCAUCAUGGGCUCCUUCAUCCUCGCCGAGAACAUCUACCUAGGAGGGAUCCUCGGGUCCGUGCUGAUCGUCGCCGGCCUGUACUCGGUGCUGUGGGGGAAGCACAAGGAGAACCUGGAGAAGGAGGCCGAGGCCAUGGAGAUCCCCGUGGCGAUCAAGGGCGUCGACGGCAACGGGAGGAUCGUGGACAUCGUCGAGCUGGACGAGGUGCAGCUGGAGAAGGCCCAGGCCAACGCCAAGCGGGCGGCGGUCGCCGUCACGGUCCCCGCAGAGGAGGCCCGGAUGCAGGGCAAGGACGAGGCUUAAGCCACAACCCGCCCCCGCCGCCGCCGCCA